CUGAGGUACUCUUGACACGAUCGUGGUUAUUAUUAUUCGCAAUGACAUUUAAAAUAAUUUAGUCUACUAGAAAGUCUCGUGCCUUCCUAUGUUAUUUUGAUCAUUCUAGUAGCUAAAAAUAUCUCUUUCUGUCUUUCUGCCCGCACAAUUAUUUUUCUGGAACUAACGAGUUCGCAUCUCUCUAUUGAUCCACCACCGUGCAGGAGGGAUUAUACCCAUCGUCGAAUCUGUCUCAUCAAAACGUGGAUCGCACAUAUCUUUACGCUUGCACGAGAAUGCACACGCGAUGCAUUUCGUAUAUGAUACAAGAAGAAGGACCCCUCGACAGGCAACGACCUCGAAUUGAGCCUCGAAUUCUUUUAUCUCCAAUCUCGCGAAAGAGAAAUGCGAGCACUGUUACGUCGCAGAAAACUGAAAGAAAACUGACGAUAAGAAAAAAAAAGAAUAAAAGAAAAGAAAAAAAAAGAAAAAUGGAUGGCGAAAAAUCGAGAUGAGAAGAGAGGAAAAGAAUGAAAUGCACGGCGGAGACAGACGCGGUACAAGCACUUUUGGCCCGUUACCUUCAGCGUCGUCUUCAAGGCUCUCAGCUGUCAACGCCACCACCUCCAUCGGUCCUCUUCAGUAACAAUCAUCGGGCCCACAUCCGACAGGCCACUCAGAGAGGUCCACCCAGCAACAAUCUUGUCUCGCGAAAUGUCAGUGGCAAUGAUGGGGACCACCGUCCUGUCCUUGAGGAUUAUGAAGAUUAUGAGGACGACCUCGAAGGCUACGAGGACAGCGAGAGAAGCAGAACCAGAUUCGAUCUCUUGGCGGACGACUGUCCAAACUGCGUGGACGAACAUAGUAGCAGCUUGGCGGCUUCAAGAUGGACGAUGCCUUUACUGAAGCUGGGCGAGAAGAGAUACUACCUGGGGAUCUUCUUCAAGGCAAACUGGUACAGAGCCUCGCAAUACUGUCGUUAUCACGGGAUGCAUCUGGCGAGUAUAGCCUCACAAGAGGAGAACGAUAGACUUGAGAAGCAUAUCAAGGAUUUCGGUCUCGGUCACGAGCAUUUUUGGACUUCUGGCACCGAUCAGGCCGAGGAGGGAACUUUUUUCUGGAUGGCUAAUGGUAGGCCGAUCACGUUCGAGAAUUGGAACGUCGGCGAACCAAAUAAUUUCCGAUACGAGAACGGCGAAGAAGAACAUUGCCUGGAGCUCUGGAACAGAGAUGGCAAAGGGCUCAAAUGGAAUGACAGUCCUUGCAGCUUCGAGACUUUCUUCGUCUGUGAAGUGCAGUGAUCAAUUUGCGAGAAAGGCUGAAAGAAGGGACUAAACGCACGAAAAUAUUCGUAUGCAAAUAUCAGUUUAUGGCAUGUCAACAAAGUGAUCCUCGAGGAAACUGUGUGUGACAUUCUCAUUGGUCGUCCAUUCGUUUCAGUGGACUUAGCAAGGUAGAGAGACUUGACGUGACAUGUGCACUCGGACUGAAAACGAUGCGUGAUUAGCCAGUCGCUACCGUUGUUACGUUUUACACGUCCAGAAUUCACGAGUGUGUACUCAAAACGACAACUAAUUCAGUCAGUUCUUUUCGUAAAAGAAUCACCAGGCGACAUACCGAGCGUUGGUUAAAUCCGCAAUGUCGAAUGAUAAAAACAAUUUAUUUGCUUUUUGUGCAGAGGCAGUUCCACAUAGAAUGCUUGACAUUAAAUUA